GAAGAAAUCCGGGAAGUCAAUCUAUACCCUCCAAGAAGUCUUUUUCCUCUCCUACACUUGAGAAUUUGUAUUGAGUUUCUUGUACUUACAUCAUAAAUUCAUGUUUCAUUCCUACGACGCCAUGGCCUCCCUAACAAGUGAACUGCCGCCGGGCGAGGAGGUGGAGCUGCAGCAAUCGGAAGAGCCGUCAGUCGAGGCCUGUUUGAAGACAAAGAAGUCGACAGCAAAAGACGGAAGCGCUACUGCCAGCUCUCAAGCGGCCGACAAGAAUCCGGCUGUUCCAACCGCAAGUGCCUCCAAAGUGGACAAGAAAGUCGUGAUUCUGCGCAAAGGGCUGUCCGGUGAGGAAAAAAAGUUCUGUAUUGACACCGAAAAGGUUAAGUGUGUUGCAGACCUGGCCCAGUUAUUUGUGCCAACCUUUUACACGAGCGAAAGCGACGAACUUUGCCCGCCGUCUUCGCGGCUGCUCUGGUUGGCAGGCGAAGACGAGCCUGCAGAGGAAGACAGAGACAGCGCAGAUGAAAAUCAUUCGCCACUUGAAGAUGGUGAUGGAGGCGAGCAGGGCGACCCGCCGCAGCUCCCGGCCUCGUCCGAUGCUUCCGCUUUUUUUGCACAUAGUGAGGAACUGGUGUUCAGUGCGGACGGAGAGGCUGUCUAUCGCUUCAUGGUCAAAGUCGAGGGGCCGUCCGGCAACCUGAUGGAGGUCGAGGAAAGCAGCGACGACGAGUAUUCGGUGUCCGAACAGGAGGUACUACCGCGGCGCGUGCCACAGGAACCCGAGAAGAUCAAAAGUAUCGCCGCAGCGGAGAACUGGUUGUAUGACAGGUUUUACCGCUAUUUUUUGCUCCCCGGGAACUCGGACGAAUUCAAAGAAACGUAUGGGCCGGAGCGGCUCGUGCGUCAGCGGGAGCGGACGUACUACAACGACGCCGGAACUACAAGGAGGACCGACGUGGGUGCCGAAGUGCAAGCGCUGCUUCCACCGCAAUAUGCUGAUCAGCCCGACUCGAGAAAGUUUCAGUAUGUCGUCUACAGCAAGGCGAGCACGGAGUUCAAAAUCCAUAGCCGAGCAUGGCCGUUGUUGGCCGUAGUCUUGCGCCUAAGUGACACAGAGUGGAUCAAGCACGGAUGGCUACCGCCCAGCGGAGUGAGUGGCUUCUCAGAAGUGCGGCAGCGGUACUGCGAAGGCAUUCUCUUCGAGCUUGCAGACUCCCGCAGCGAUGCGAAGGAGGCGCUGCUCCGUUUUGUCAUCGGCCCCGCACUGGAUCAAGUCACUGACUGGGACAGGUUUCGUUUCGCGCAAUUUGCAAAUCGGACGGCAAGAAACUUCUGCGAGUUCCCUGUUUUUCCUCCUGAGGACCCGUCGCUACCGGUGGCGCGUCUUGUUUUCGAGCGUCUCGGGAAUUCCCGCUCCCGCUUAGAAAAAGUGUAUGAGGGUUGCAAGAGUGUCAUCCGUCAGAGGUACAAGGAACGAAAUUUCAAGGCCAACCCUAAUUCCCGGUUUCCGCCACCUGAUCCAUUACACCCGGAGCCGACUCUGUACCGUUUUCGAGACGAGCGGCCUUCCGUUAGGCGCACGUUUGUGCCGCAUUGGAUCGAGGUUCAGUUAAAAGAGCGCUUGAAAUCUUGGCUGGAUGAGGUGUUUGUCGAUAAAUUUGCAGCGGCUGGAUUUCCUGACCUCGGGAAGGGCCUGCAUGCGUUUUUAGACACUGUGCAUGGCGAGGUGACGAGCGCAAGCCGGCAGGUUGGGAAAUUACUGCAGAGCCUCACGGAACCAGAGGAAAAUGAUCUCUCGCGCAAAAGCGGAGAUGAGGAGAACAGACAAGAAGCAGAGGAUAAAUAAAAGUGAAAACCAUGAUACCAGGGAACAAAACAGAGUCAAAACGCUGGAGAAGAAAUGACUCGCCAGCAUAUGGAUAGUGGCCUGAUCUUUACAU